AUGACUGCGCAGAAACCAGAUGGCUGGGAUGACGAGGAGGAUGGCAUUUGGGAAAGGCCGCUGAUCCCAAAACCGGCAGAUGGCAUCCUCACGACCUUCUUAGCGGACUUUCGGGGUUCACUGGAAGACGCAAGCCCCUGGCUGCUCUUGGGCUUUCUGUGCACUGGGCUUCUGCAGGCGCUGGCUACAGCGGACGCUCGGCUGCUCCAAGGACCUUGGCCUUGCGCCAAGGGCGCGGCCAUCGGUCUGCUCAGCCCCUUCUGCAGUUGCGGGGCUUUGCCGGUGGCCACAGGCCUCAUCAGCGCAGGCGCAAGCACCAAGGCGGUGGUGGCGUUUCUGGUGGCGGCGCAGAGCGCGGGCCUGGACUCGUUGCUCUUCACCGCGGGGGUUUUGGGCCCCGCCUUGGCGCUGUGGCGCUUGCUGGCGGCGGGGCUGCUGGCGGCCGGCGCCGGCCUGGCGGUGCCGGAGACGAGACUAGAAGGAAAGAAGAAGGAGGUGAUCCAAGAGUCAAUACUGAAACGAAUGGCCUUUGGUCUGCGGGAUGCCGUGACGGAGGGCUUUGACGAGCUCUUGCUGCCCUUGCUUUGUGGAUUUGCUUUCGCCUCUCUGCUGACGGCUGCCUUGCCUGGCGGACUGGGUGCCGCAGUUCUGGGCGGAGCUCGUGGCAGGGCAGUGAUGCUGGCCUUGGCUUUGCCCAUGCAACUCUGUGAGCAUGCCUCGGUACCAGUUGCAGUUGCCCUGCAAAAGGCGGGCGCCAGUGGGGGCCUCGCCUUUGCGCUGCUCAGCUCGCUGCCUGCAGUGAGCGCCGCCAGUGCCGCAGUACUCGGGCGCAUCGUGGGGAUGCAGGGCGCCGUGCGGGUACUCACAGCAGUGUGGCUUGCUAGCCUUGGCCUCAGCUACCUGGCUGACUUCCUGAACGUUGAGCUGGUUCAGGUGGGGCAUUCUUCUGAAGCGUUGCCUGAGUGGUUCGUGCACCUCAGCAAGCCCGUGAUGGGUGCCAUGACUUUGGCGUCCCUCUUUCGACGGGUGUGGGGCACUGAACGCUGCAAGGGCUGCAAGGAUGACGGCCUGGUAUUGAAGCAGACCUGGGGUGGCUUGAUGAGUGAAGCUGCCAGCUGCCCCGUGCCACGCCAGCGCUUGGAAGACAUCGCUGGUAUCAAUCCUCAUCGCUGGCCGAAGUGGCCCAUCCAGCUGAUCACGAUGACUGUGCCGCCUGCCUGCGCCCUCGCGACUCGCGUUGCCGCAGCCUCGCCACGUCCCCACCAUUUCGAACACGCGCGAGAGAUGUCGUCCCUGGAGCUGGGUCUGGAGCCGACGGAGCUUAGCAUGGAGCUCGGCUUUGAGGAUGGCAGCACCGAGGACGAGCUGCUCCUCGCUGACAGUCCGCAACCUUCGCUGGCGCGGCGGGCCGUAUUUGCCGUCGGGGGCGUGUGCCUGGUGGGCGUCUUGGUGCUGUUUCUGCCUCAGACGCGCGGCGAGGCUCCUCAGGUGGCUUCCAGGGUCCCCUUCAUGCAGAAGCAGGUGACUGCCCUAGACGAGGUGGUGAACGCCGGCCCGGGGCAGUUCGGCAUGGUCGACGACGGCAUUUACACUUAUGGCGCGCCGGGAACUGCCAGCACCAGCCUGGCGGAUUUGAGCCAUGAGGACGGCUGCUUCGCGGGUCUGCGAGUGUGGACGGAAGACGUGCUGGCACCUUCGCUGAAGCAGGAAGAUGGCGCAGCAAUCAGCGACCAGCUGAACCAUCCCAAGGUGGCAACGCUUCGGCUACACGAGGAGAACGUGGACUCUCACUACAAGCCUUGCCCUGGAGAGGAAUCCGAACCGUUUUCCAAGGGCAACAAGUUCGCAGACUGGCGGCUGCACUGGGAGCCGAAGUACAAGCCCCGCCUGGGCAACGUGACCCUGAUGGGCCAGAAAAUGGCAAACCAGGCGCCCUUCAACUUGGCAUAUGGCUACAACCGCAUCGCGUACAAGCAGUACGACAGCACGACGCAUGCAAAGGCUCAGAUCAAAGAGAGGCUGGGGGACAGCUGGAACAUUGUGGCGAGAUGGACUUUGGUGCAAGGGGCGGCGUCAAUGUACGACGAGGAUCCCAUGAUGCUGGUGCAAGAUUCUGCGACACAGAAGUGCGUCGUUGCCUUUGCUGGCAUCAACAACUAUGGCAAUGAGUUGGCUACUGCCACGGACGUGCGGACGGAUGACUUCUGCGGCUUUAAGGGGGUGCACGCAGGGUACCGGGACGAGCUGAUGAGGAUCGUGAAGACAGUAUGGCCGAAGGUGCAGCCCUUGAUGGGCAAGUGCAGUCACGUGGCCUGCACCGGCCAUUCCAUGGGCGGCUCCUUGUGCGACCUCUUCUCCGCCUGCGCCAACAGCGGCCGCGUUGAGGAUCCAGAUUUCAAGGCCAUUUCCUGGAUCAAGGAGACGCCCGCUGCCUUGCCGGAGAUUUCCGACUGCGGUGGCGCGCACUACGAGGAGGAAAGAUGGCUAGAUCGUGAUCAGAAGUCGGUGGAAGCUAAGGAGCAGGGUGCCAUUGAGCGUGAGAUGGGGGCUGACCAGUGCGGCCCAAAGCUGCACCCGGCAGCUGCCGAGUGGCGCAAGCAGGGGGUGAUUUGGUACACAGCGCAGCGCUUCAUGCAGCGCUGGCCGUCCUGGGAGGAGGACCCUGGCGAUUUCCGGGUCGCACAGUUUAUGGACGUGCCUGGCGGUUAUGGCUACGGCUUCAUCGACUGUGAGGAGACCAAGCUGCGCUUCACGCGCGAUGUGUAUUUGCACAGGAACCAGAUGGAGGGUCUUCAGAUUGGUGACGAAGUCAGCUUCAGCCUGAUGUUCAAUGCCAAGGGGGAGCCUCAGGCCCGCAAUGUCAUGAAGCUGGAGAACAGCCUGUUGACGCCAGCCGCUGCCGCCCCGGCGGCCGUGAUGCCCCAGGACCCCAAUCUGAUGGACGAGCAUCAGGUGGGUACUGAGUGCGUAUCUCCGGGCACUGCUGCCAUGGAGUCGGUGCCGCUGCUGUGCGACGUUGCCAAGAACGGCACCCAGAUGGCCGAUGUGCGUUUGCUGAGCAAGCGGUCUGGUCAGCUGCUGGAGCUGGGGUUUGAUUAUGGCAUCAACAAGGUUGAGACCACCUCCAAGGGCGUUCAGACGGUGGCGGAGAAGGAGCCAAUCCGAAGUAAGAAGCGCAGCCUGGCUGAAAAGACGGCCGAGAGCUUCGCGCCCAGCCAGCCGCCGGCCACCCAAGUGCUGCGCCUGGCCGUGGGGCUUCUGGGCCUUGAGGUCCACGAGAAGCCCAACACCUGGGCGGAGGUUUGGCUCAGCUUCCAGGACUCCGCUCAUCAUCAGCUUGGUCUUAGCUCGAGUAAGUUGUCACCAGACCCAGAGAAGAAGAAGGCGCAGGCAGAUUGGCAGCAGCAGGUGCUGUCCCACCUGCGGGAGCUGGCAUCGGCGGAAGGCUUGGAGGAUCAGCUGGAUCUGGCCGAGUUCGCGUUGAAGCGCAUCACGCACUCGGUGAAUGUGCUGGAGGAUCCGGAGCGCUUCUGCCGACCUAUGCUGGUGAAGGACUACUCCAAUGCCAUGGCCACCGAAGUUUGCAACGACCUGCGGCAAUGGCUGGAGCAGUUGGCCAAGCUACUAUCCUUCUACCACAUUUUCAUUUUAGACCUUGAGCACGAGAAGGGUCGCUUGCUGUCCAAGCUGCAAGCUGUGGAAACCAAGCAGCAGCAGUCGGAGGAGGCCCGCAGAGCUGCGGUGCAGCGCGCCAAAGUCAUCGAGACCCGCUGGAAGGAUGUGAAGAUGAAGGCCCGUGCUGAGGCGGUGCUGGGCAUCGACCUGGGAGAUGAGGAUGAGAAGAUCUACAGCCAGCGCGAGGUGGACGAGCUUUUCAGACAGUGGACUGAAAAGCAUUUGAAGCCUCUUAUGGACGAACUGGAGGAGAAGCGGAAGGAUGCCGAGUGGCGUGCGCAGAGGGACGCACAACGCAGGAGAAGCGGCCUUGAGCCGCCAGACAUGACCCCAAGGAAGGAGUCCGGGCGAGAUCUGUUGCCGGCUCUGGAGGCGCUGGAGGUAGCUGCCGACAAGGCACCCCCGGAGCUGGCGAAGCUCUUGCUGCAGGUCAAGGAGCGUCUGCAGGCGGGCGCUGGUCUCAAGGACCUGCUGCUGGCUCUCCAGGCCCUGCCGUCGCAUCAAGCCGCCGGAGCCGGCGGCUCCGGGGGAAUCGGCGGAGACGCCGGAGGCGACGCGGAGGGGCUGGAAGUGCUGCAGGGGGCGCUGGCGUGCGCGGCUGCGCAGGUGAAGCCAGAGCUGGGGCAGUUGCUGCGUCGUCUGGGCGCAGACUUCGCCUCGGGCCCCGAGCGCCUUGCAAACACCGCGGCGGCCAUCCGCGCGCUGGCGGCGGCCGCGGCCGCGGCCGCGGCCGGGCGCUCCGUGGGGGUGAACACGACAGCUGCCAUGGUUCCAGCAGACGCCUCAGCCGGUGGCAAUGCGGAUUUCCAGGCGGAGCUGCGGAGGCUGCGGGCGCAGCUGGAGGCGGAGCUGAAAGCGGCCAGGGAGGAAACGGAGAGGCAACGCCUCAGAGCGGAGGAGGCCAUGAAGAAGCUGGAGGAGGAGGCAAAGAGGGCAGACGAGAUGAUGAAUGACAUGCGGCAGAAGUUGAAGACCAUGGAGGGCACGUUGCAAAAGUCUGGCUUGGGUGGGCACACGGAAACUGCCGUCUCGGACGCCGGCCUGCCAGAUUUUGCGAAAGGCCGAGAUGUCUUUCAUAGAUUGUACAAGGACGCCUUGCGGCGUAUGCAGGUACAAGCUGAGAAUUACCUGCGGAUGCUCAGCCACACCUCUGCAGCGUUUCUCAAAGUCCUGGACGAAAUGGCAGCACACCCCAUCGCUGCAGUAAAUGAGGCCCUGCAGAUACAUGGCCCCCCUCAGCUGCUGGCGCCUUUGCAGGUUCUCGGCUACUCCGCGGAAGUGGAGCCAGAGGCGGCCCCGCCGCACUCGCCGGAAAGCCCUCAUGAGAGACCGCGGCCGCGCAAGUUGAAGACCAGCUCCUCGCUCGGCCGGGAGAGAUCUGAGGCCCGGCUUGGGCGCGCCAAAACGAACCCAGCACUGCCCCGCAGCUCGAGCCAGACGUUGCGCCAGACUUUAUUCCCCUCACCUGGCCCUCCCAUGCCUCCUGGGUUUGGGGGUGGUGAAGACUCCACACCCAGCGGCUGGGCCGCGUCCCCGGACCGCAUGGACGUGCGCCCGGGCACAGGGCACCGCCGCGGCUUUCCGCAGCUGGCGACGCCGACGAAUUCCAAGGAGCGGCGCCCCUCCAGCAGCGGCUCCUGCAGAGGUCCCAGCAGAUCGCCCUUCGGGGUCUUCUCCAUGGCCCGCACCGGCAGCGAGGGAGCAGCUGAAGCAAGAGCAAAUAAAACCAACGGCGCUGGCCCAGCACCGAGAGCCCCAGAAAAAAGAGCCUUUCUGCAUGAUCGCUGA